AUGGAUGUUCACAACGCCUGGCCCAGCGCCGUACGAAACAUAAAAUGGCCUACCGAAGGCGUCAUGUACACGUACGAGCAUAGAGGCUAUAUUCGUCCUGAGAAGCUGGAAUACUGGCUCACCCAACUGUUUGGACCUGGGAAAGCCAAAUACGUGCUAUUCAACCAACGGCUUUACAUCAAGUCACCGCGGAAGCCGAAUGCAGAAGAAAAGGAAUGGAUGGAAGAUCCAGAUCCCGAAAGCGUCGUUGAUAUCGAGGGAUACGGCAGGAUGACUCUUAACAGCAAGAAGACCGAUGAGAAAGGCUGGAGAUCAGAUGUUUGGAGUGCCCGACGGUAG